AGUAGUUGAGUGAUAACAUUGAUUGUCAAAGCACUUUCAAUUAUUGUAAUUUCUAUUAAUUUGUGUUGUGUAUUGAAUGAUUAUUAUAUAAAAUCCUUUAAUUAAACAUCAAAAUCAUGAGUGUAUCAAUACCGUUGCUAUUGGCAGAGGAGGACGUUGAAUCAGGGGGCAAGGAGGGAGGAAUUGAAAAUGACUUUGCCUACCGUAAUAAUGUUCAUCAAGCAGCAACCAACAUACGGCUGGGUUUCCUCAGGAAAGUAUUCAGUCUACUGUUUUUCCAGCUUGCCACAACUGUCAUAAUUGGAUUCGUUUUCAUGUUCAACAAUAAAAUCCGUUUCUACAUUCAUAAUAAUGAUUGGACUGUCUCUGUGUCUUUCCUAUUGAGCGUAGUCAUUCUGAUUGCCCUUCAUUUCAAAAGGAAGGAUUCUCCAGCAAACCUAAUCCUACUUGCUGCAUUUACUUUGGUGCAAGCAUAUACAGUGGCAGUGAUAUGCACUUACUUUGACAAAUUCGUUGUUCUGCAAGCCCUCCUUCUGACCGUAUCUGUUGUUGGCGGACUGAUGGCCUACACAUUCCAGUCCAAACGAGAUUUCUCAAGCCUAGGAUCAGGGCUAUUUGUGGCAGUCUGCUGUCUGAUUGUUGGAGGGUUCUUGCGAAUAAUCUUCGUCAGCACCGCCUUUGAUUUGAUUAUAUCUAUCAGUGGAGCCAUCGUCUUCUCACUGUUCAUAAUUUAUGACACUCAGGAAAUAAUGAAGCGCACAUCACCCGAAGAAUACGUUUUUGCUACAAUUGAGCUCUACCUGGACAUCAUAAAUCUCUUCAUAUAUAUAUUGAGAAUACUUGAAGCAAUGAAUAGAAAAUGAGCUUGUGUUCUCGUUACAAAGAAAAGCUUCUCAUAAAACUAAAAAUCAUAUUUGGAGUUUCUAGUAGUUGUAAACGUGCACUUAAAUAUUCACGUGUUGAAUUGAAAAGCAUUGAAGUAUUAUAAAUUAUCAUGUGAUAUUGUAUUCAACUUUCGGUUAAUUCCUGCAUUUUAUUGUUUUUUUAAUUUAUUGGUGUAUUGUGAAUUUUAUUUGUUAGAAAUUUAUUACUCUUUAUUAAGUCUGCAUAACAUAUAUAUGUAAGAUUUCGGUAUUGUACAUCUGACUAUUUCUUUAGGUGAAUAUUAUGUUCUUUGUAUGUAAUAGUGUGCAAAAUUAUUAAUGUCCUUUGACGAGUUAUCCAAGAAUUUACGAUGGUGAAUCAAAUGGAAACCUUAAAAGUGCUAUAAAGCUCCGAGAAGUUGUAGGAUUGAUCACUACCUCCGUAAACAAAGCCAUAGUGCAAGACAGGUGGUAGAUGGUGAAGUCAGCACAGGUAGGGCUCCUACACCAAUAAAAACACUAGCUGAUAUAGAUCAGCUGAAAUCAACGAAUUUUUAUUGGUGUAGAAGCCCUACCUGUGCUGACGUCACACUAAUGCACUACGGCUUUGUUUACGGAGGUAGUGGAUUGAUCCGGUAGUUGGCAGGGAUGUUGGUUGAAACUCACACAAUGACUACCAGGUGCAUCAGUGACCUUGCUACACACACCUGGCGGUGACUUCAGUUACAAUAUGACCGCCCCAGUAUCAAUAUGCACCGCGUUAGAGCUGCUAUCAGUCAUUCGUUUCUUGGUCAUUGAAGGUGUCAAACCAAUGGAAAUUCAUUGCAGGGUGACAGUACAAUAUGUUAAUUCAUGUUUGUCCCGAAACAAACAUUACCAUCAACCAGAAAAAAGAGCAAGUAAGGAAAGGCGCCUUAGCUCAUCGCCAAAACCCCCAAAAAAUCCGAACUCAGCGAUCAGCAGGAAAACUCUUGCUGACUUCCUUCUGCGAU